GUGACCAUCAACACAUAUCCUUUGCCUGCUAAGGGGAAACUCGCACUAGAGCACUCUGCACAGACGCAGGAAACAUCCUUGUGCUUCGACUGUCUUGGCCUCGUUAGAUAACUGAGAAAAGAAGCAUACAUGUAAAUCCCUGUAUGUGCGGCCAGUAAAAUCAUAUUUUUCUCCUUUAGUUUUAAUUUGAAUUCUUUCUCUUGACAGUGUAGCAGAAACCCUAUUACUCUCACCGACGUUAAGGGGAGGAAUUUUUACAAACGUGCGAGGGGGGGGGGGGGGGUUGAAUUCAUUGCUACGCCGUCAGAAGGACCCGAGUAAGUGGACGGAGGACAGAGAGAGGCAGAGGGAUCGAGAAAGAGAGAAGGAAAGCGAGAGAGAGAGAGCGACCACGAUGGAGCUGAGGAUCCAGUUGAUCCCUACAGGUGAGAUCAUCCUGUCCCCUGGGAAGAAUGGAGAGAGCAACUGCCACAGCUGCACCAAGGCGUUGGGGAGUGACGGGGCGCGGAUCAGCAUGGAGAGUGCCCUGACGGCCAGGGACCGGGUGGGUGUACAGGACUUUGUCCUGCUGGAGAACCACACCAGCGAGGCGGCCUUCAUCGAGAACCUCCGCAAGCGCUUCAAGGAGAACCUCAUCUAUACAUACAUCGGCUCAGUCCUGGUGUCGGUGAACCCCUACAAGGAUCUGGAGAUCUACACCAAGAACCACAUGGAGCGCUACCGAGGUGUUAACUUCUACGAGGUCUCUCCCCACAUCUACGCGGUGUCUGACAACUCGUACCGGUCCAUGCGGACGGAGCGUAAGGACCAGUGCAUCCUCAUCUCGGGGGAGAGCGGUGCCGGCAAGACGGAGGCCUCAAAGAAGAUCCUGCAAUACUACGCCGUGACCUGUCCCGCCAGCGACCAGGUGGAGACGGUCAAGGACCGCCUGCUGCAGUCCAACCCUGUCCUAGAGGCUUUUGGAAACGCCAAAACGUUGCGAAACGACAACUCCAGCCGCUUCGGCAAAUACAUGGACAUCCAGUUUGACUUCAAGGGUGCACCGGUGGGGGGACACAUCCUCAACUACCUGCUGGAGAAGUCACGGGUGGUGCACCAGAACCACGGCGAGAGGAACUUCCACAUCUUCUACCAGCUGAUUGAGGGGGGUGAGGAGGACCUGCUACGGCGCCUGGGCCUGGAGAGGAACCCCCAGCAGUACCAGUACCUCGUCAAGGGGAACUGUCCCAAGGUGAGCUCCAUCAACGACCGCAGCGACUGGAAGGUGGUGAGGAAGGCUCUGUCUGUCAUCGGCUUCAGCGAGGACGAGGUGGAGGAGCUGUUAAACAUUAUUGCCAGUGUUCUUCACUUGGGCAACAUUCAGUAUGGAGGAGAAGACAGCGGCAAUGCCUACAUCACUACAGACACACAGAUCAAAUACCUUGCGAGGUUACUCGGUGUGGAUGGCUUGGUCCUGAAAGAAGCGCUCACACACAAGACGAUCAUCGCCAAAGGGGAAGAGCUGAAGAGCCCUCUGAACCUGGAGCAGGCGUCAUCGGCCCGGGACGCCCUGUCUAAGGCCGUAUACGGCCGCACCUUUACCUGGCUCGUCAACAAGAUCAACGUCUCCCUGGCUUACAAGGAUGAGACCAAUAAGAACGCUUCAGUCAUUGGCCUGCUGGAUAUCUAUGGCUUUGAAGUCUUCCAGCACAACAGUUUUGAGCAGUUCUGCAUUAACUACUGCAACGAGAAGCUGCAGCAGCUCUUCAUCGAGCUCACCCUCAAGUCCGAGCAGGAUGAGUACGAAGCCGAGGGAAUCACGUGGGAGCCCGUGCAGUACUUCAACAACAAGAUCAUCUGUGAUCUGGUGGAGGAGAAGUUCAAAGGCAUCAUCUCCAUUCUGGAUGAGGAGUGCCUGAGGCCAGGGGACGCCAGUGACAUCACCUUCCUGGAGAAGUUGGAGAAUACUGUGGGAGGCCAUGCCCACUUGACAACUCACAAGCUGGCCGAUGGAAAGACCCGGAAGGUGAUGGGCCGAGAGGAGUUCAGACUGCUGCACUACGCUGGAGAGGUCAACUACAACGUCAACGGCUUCCUGGACAAGAACAAUGACCUCCUCUUCAGGAACUUGAAAGAGGUCAUGUGUAUGUCUGAUAAUAAGAUUCUGACCAAGUGCUUUGACCGGGCGGAGCUGAAGGACAGCAAGAGACCUGAGACGGCAGCGACCCAGUUCAAGACCAGCCUGGCCAAGUUAAUGGAGAUCCUGAUGUCCAAGGAGCCGUCGUACGUGCGCUGCAUCAAGCCCAACGAUGCCAAGCAAGCAGGGCGGUUCGACGAUGUUCUCAUCAGGCAUCAGGUGAAGUACCUGGGUCUGAUGGAGAACCUCCGUGUGAGGAGAGCUGGCUUCGCCUACCGCCGCCACUAUGAAACCUUCCUCCAGAGGUAUAAGUCCCUGUGCCCGGAGACCUGGCCUAGCUGGCAGGGCAAGCUGGCAGAUGGAGUCUCCACACUGGUCAAACACCUGGGUUACAAACCUGAGGAGUACAAACUGGGCAGAUCCAAAAUCUUCAUCCGUUUUCCAAAGACCCUGUUCGCCACAGAGGACGCGCUGGAAACGAGGAAACACAGCCUCGCCAGUAAACUGCAGUCAUCCUGGAAGGGCUACAGCCAGAAGACCAAAUACCGCAAACUCAGAUCAUCAGCGGUUGCGGUGCAGGCGUGGUGGAGGGGCAUCCUGGCCUGUAGGAGGGCACAGCGCAAGAGGCAGGCCGCCGACACCAUCCGCAGGUUCAUCAAGGGCUUCAUCUACCGCCACAAUGAGCGUUGUCCUGAGAAUGAGUACUUCCUGGAUUAUGUGCGCUACUCCUUCCUGAUGAAGCUGCGCAGGAACCUCCCCAAGUCGGUCCUGGACAAGAGCUGGCCCACGGCGCCGACCGCCCUCAUCGAGGCAUCGGAACAGCUCCGUAAACUGUACAUGCAGAACAUGGUGUGGGGCUACUGCAAGAGGAUCGACCCAGAGUGGAAACACCAGUUGGAGCAGAAAAUGGUGGCCAGUGAGAUCUUCAAAAACAAGAAGGACAACUACCCCCAAAGUGUCCCAAAGCUCUUUAUGGGCACAAGACUCAAUGGAGAGGAGAUUAACCCCAAGGUGUUGCAGUCACUUGGCAGUGAGAAGAUGAAGUAUGCAGUCCCAGUGACCAAGUACGACAGGAAGGGCUACAAGGCGCGACCAAGGCAGCUGCUGCUCACCUCCAACUGUGCCGUCAUCGUGGAGGAGGCCAAGCUCAAGCAGCGCAUCGACUAUGCCGCCCUCAAAGGUAUCUCAGUCAGCUCUCUCAGUGACGGUGUCUUCGUACUGCACGUGCCCACUGAAGACAAAAAACAGAAGGGAGAUGUGGUGCUUCAGAGUGACCACAUCAUCGAGACCCUGACCAAGGUGGCCAUUUGUGCCGACAAGGUCAACAGCAUCAACAUCAACCAGGGAAGUAUAACUUUCACGAUGGGCCAAGGUAAGGAAGGGAUCAUAGACUUCACCUCUGGCUCUGAGCUGCUGGUUGCCAAGGCGAAGAAUGGCCACCUCUCAGUGGUGAGUCGGAAUAACGGAGGGAUAUAAAGCAUCAGUCCUCCCCUACAGGACUAAUACAACUGCCCCUCGACUGAACUCAAGAUGAUAGACAUGGCUGAUCAUCUGACCACGCCAAGGAAGUCCUUCCUGGAAUACGCUCCUAUUCACCAAUCACAACCGCAGACCCUUCUCUGCCUAAGCCAAUCAAAUGCCAGCUCUCGCUACAGGAACGGGCAUGUGCUUCCAAUUAAGAAAAAGUCAAGCGAUUUUUAAUUAAUUGAUAUUUAUGUUUUAUAUAUUUUGGGGAUUAAUGCUUGUUAUUUGAAUAUUACGAUUGUAUUAUAUGAAGCCAAGGAAUAACAAUGUUUUGGUGCAUUUUUCCUGCACUACUUCUGCUUAAUUUGGGAACAUGAACAAGCAGUCAAUGAGGGUGUAUCGGGUCUCCUUUUGCUUUUUCUUUCAGUCAUUCUUUUUUCACAAUAUUUUCUCUGUUCAGUAAUGUAGACGCUGCACCCUCUCUGAUACUACUCUUAACUGUUUGGGGGCAGAGGCUUUUGUUAUAGUGGAAGUGAUGUACAUGGCUGAUGGUAUGUAGAGGCUAGGUUUGUUUUGAGCUAUCGAGGAGCAACGAGUUUGGUAGAGAAGGUCAUUAAGGAAGAGUUGUUUUUGUUUUUCAAACUUGUGUCGACUCGGACACAAUGCUCUUGAGGUUUACCAUCCGAGGGGAUAUUAGCAGAAAAGUCAUGUGCGUGUGUGACCUUUUGACCCAGAGCAUACUGGCCAGAAUGUGGGGUACAUUUGGUCUGUGCAGUGCCAUAGAUCUCUAAAUCAUUGUUUGAUGUAAAUAUCAUGGAGGAGCCCAAAUGGAAGCGUAAACCAAAGCAUUUCGGUGAGGAGAAAUGUGUUUUUAUAAUUGAUUCAUAAUGGAAACGCCAUAGUGUAUGUGGUCUUUGUAUAACAAUGUAUAAUAGAGAUACAGAGGGGAACAAAGGUGAGAAAGGAAAAGGCAAGAGAAAGAAAAUGGGGGGGGGGGGGGUAGUAAAGAAUAGAAAACCGUUUAGUCUUUGCGUUUUAUCUCUUGUUUUCCACCCAACAAUUGUGCCUUUCUCCUUUACUAAGUUAUUGUUAAUGGAUCAUUUAUAUGUUGAUACACCAAUUAAACAGUGACACUUUGGGGAUGACCUUGACUCCUCCGUCAGAGCCAGAUGUCUCGUAUACCCUCAGGAUGGCCUGGAAGAAGACGAUUCAGAGAGAAAGACAUGCAUACUGUGUACACACACACACACACACUUACACUUUACUCCAAGUUAGACUUCUAGAGUUGAAGCUUUUUGGAAAACACCCUUUGAUCCAUUUGCUUUCCUUUUGUGUCGCGUUUCCAGGCUGCUGUUUCCGUACUCUGGGUAAGUGUAGCAGCUCUCGUCAGGCUACAGUACUAGUCGGGACAACGUUCACUGCUUCUUUUAACACAUUACUUUCCUGACGCCGAUUUUUGUGCUAUCCUUUGUGACGGGGACGAUGGUACAGACGAAUGCACUACAUAUUGAUAUAGAAUCUGUCCACAGUGUUACCGCUACAAUAUAGCCUCACUGUUUCUGGCGUAUCGACAACCGACAGCACAGCCCUCUCAACAAUGUUUUUAAUGUUUUGAUUGGCACUUCUGAACACAGGCCUUCAAAAGAGAAGAGGCCCCAUGCACUGCAGUAAAUGCAAUCGAGACUCUUCCUGGUGGUGUUUUAAUACCUACGUCAUAGCAUAUACAUCAUAGCCACGGGUGUUCAUCACAGAAAGCACACGGCUCAACGGUAACAUCCUCAGGAACACUUGGCUAUCUUUGUAACAAACCAGAGAUGUGUUGGUAUAACCCACGUGACACUACAGUUCAUAGAUGUGAGUUUUAAUCUACACACUUCUCCCCAGCAGAGUUUCUGAGCAACGUUUCACUCUUCAGGUUUCUGUGCUGCUUCUUCCCUUGCUUUGCCUCUUGAGUGCCCCCCCCCUCCUGUGACCAAGCCUCUGAGCUGUGUACACCUGGCAACCCAGUGAAAGAACGGUAUGACAGGUGCAAUAUGCCUAAUGAAAGGUGUGCCACUGCACUGACGCUAGCCAAAGAUGCAAUAGUUGAUGAAAUGUCUGUUAGUUGUCUGUUGUAUGAUUAUAUGUCAAUUGAAGUGUUAUUAUUUUCCUGGUGGAAGAUUUGUGCUUGGUUAGUCUGGUCCCAGAUCGGUCUGUGCUCUCUUGCCAAUGCCAGACAGCACAAACAGAUCUGGGACCGGCCUAUUGUGUUCUGUGCUCUAAUAAGAGAUUUGAGCCAAGUGAGGAUUUGUAAGUGUAACAUUCAUUUAGACUUGUUCAAAAAUUGUGUGUUGCUAAUGUGCCUUGAGUUUAAUAGAAAUUACAACCCAUUUUGUAUGGAAUUCUGUGACAAAUACCUCCUUGACAAUGUCACUUAUUCCAGAGUAAAAACUACAUAUACCAAAAAAAUUGGAUUCCUCCUUUUUAGAAUGUCAUAGAAGUUUCUCUAUAAAGCCUGUCUUCAAACCAAAUCCUAUUUUUUAAUCAUUUACAAUACACAAGUUAUCAGUCCUGAGUGUAUGUAUGCACCAUCAUGUAGAAUUAGACCAACACGCUAAAGAUAAAUGUAAAAAAUAAACUUUAAAUUAUA